CACAAACACAAACAUGGGCAAGGACAGCAAAGUUGAGGGCCCCGCCAUUGGUAUCGACCUGGGCACCACCUACUCGUGCGUCGGAAUCUGGCAGAACGACCGCGUCGAGAUCAUCGCGAACGACCAGGGCAACCGGACCACGCCCUCGUUCGUCGCCUUCACCGACUCGGAGCGCAUGAUCGGCGACGCCGCCAAGAACCAGGCGGCGAUGAACCCGCGCAACACCGUCUUCGACGCCAAGCGCCUGAUCGGCCGCCGCUUUUCCGACUCCGCGACCCAGUCGGACCUCAAGCACUUCCCCUUCAAGGUGAUCGCCAAGGACGGCGACCGCCCCUGCAUCCAGGUCGACUACAAGGGCGAGACCAAGGACUUCUUCCCCGAGGAGAUCUCGUCGAUGGUCCUCGUCAAGAUGAAGGAGGUGGCCGAGUCCUUCCUCGGCUCCGAGAUCAAGAACGCUGUCGUCACCGUCCCAGCCUACUUCAACGACUCGCAGCGCGCCUCCACCAAGGACGCGGGGGAGAACUUGUUGAUGUCUCUUACCGGGAGGGGCCCCCCCCAAAGGGGGGGGGGCCGGCCCCCCCCCCCCCCGCUCUCCCCAUCCGCGCAGACCUCCAUCGAGAUCGACUCGCUCUUCGAGGGCAUCGACUUCUUCUCCUCCAUCACGCGCGCCCGCUUCGAGGAGCUCUGCAUGGACCUCUUCCGCUCCACCAUGGAGCCCGUCGAAAAGUGCCUCCGCGACUCGAAGAUGUCCAAGGGCCAGGUGCACGACGUCGUCCUGGUGGGCGGCUCGACUCGCAUCCCCAAGGUCGUCUCGCUCCUCACCGACUUCUUCAACGGCAAGGAGCCGUCCAAGUCGAUCAACCCCGACGAGGCGGUCGCGUACGGCGCCGCCGUGCAGGCUGCCAUCCUCUCUGGCACUGGCUCGGCAAAGACGGAGGACCUGCUGCUGCUCGACGUGACGCCGCUCUCGCUCGGCCUCGAGACGGCGGGCGAGGUGAUGACGGUGCUCAUCCCGCGCAACACGACCGUGCCGACGAAGAAGUCGCAGACCUUCUCCACCUACUCGGACAACCAGCCCGCCGUCACCAUCCAGGUCUUCGAGGGCGAGCGCUCGCGCACCAAGGACAACAACAAGCUGGGCGAGUUCAACCUGUCGGGCAUCCCGCCGAUGCCGCGCGGCGUGCCGCAGAUCGACGUGACGUUCGACAUCGACGCGAACGGCAUGCUCAACGUGUCGGCGCUCGAGAAGUCGACCGGCAAGGAGAACAAGAUCACCAUCACCAACGACAAGUCGCGCCUCUCCAAGGAGGACGUCGAGAAGAUGACGGCCGACGCGGAGAAGUACGCAAAGGAGGACGAGGAGUUCAAGGAGAAGGUGGAGGCGAAGAACGGGCUCGAGAACUACUGCUACUCGAUGAAGAACACGCUCGAGGACGACAAGGUCAAGGACAAGAUCUCGGAGGAGGACAAGAAGAAGGGCCUCGACGCCGUCGAGGAGGCGCUCAAGUGGCUCGAGGGCAACCAGCUCGCCGAGAAGGAGGAGUUCUCGCACAAGCAGAAGGAGGUCGAGGGCAUCUGCUCGCCCAUCAUGCAGGCGAUGUACUCGCAGGGCGCGGGCGGCGACAUGGGCGGCAUGCCCGGCGGCAUGCCUGGCGGCAUGCCCGGCGGCAUGCCCGGCGGCGGCGGCGGCGGCGGCGGCCCGAACAUUGAGGAGGUGGACUGAGCGGCGGCGCUGGCGCGGGCGAAAUAUACUACUACGUGAACCCGGCCGCGGGGCGCAGCGCAGAUGCAUCUGCACUGCCACUGCGAGAGCUUGUCUGUGAGCACACGCACUUGAGAUCGUAUCUCGUGUGUGACUGUUGUAUUAUCAAAAAGCGCCUCUAUUAUCUGUUUUC